AUGGCAGCUCCUAGAACAAAUCACGACGGCAAGGGCAAAGUCACUCUCAGUGGCGCUCAGGAGACGCUGCUGCUGACGCUGUUGGCGCGGGCCAUCGACGCCGAGUCCCCAAACUCUAUCCUCAAUGACACUUUGUCUGCCAAGAUCAGACGGCAGAUUGAAGAUGAGCAUGGCUACAAAUUCAACGAACGGAUAGCAACAUCUCAAAGCGGCACUAUGGCGAAGAUGAUUUCAGCGAGGGCCAAGAUUUUUGACGAGGCAACCGAGAAAUUCUUUCGCGAAAACCCGGGACCUGCCACCGUUCUGCAUAUCGCCUGCGGUAUGGACACAAGGUGUCAUCGGGUCAAGUGGCAAGGUCCGGGCCGUGUUUGGAUCGAUGUGGACAAGGAGGAUGUGGUGGAGUUGCGAAGAGCCGUCGUGGAGGAGCCAAAGGUGUCUCAGGGGGAGUACAGGUUGGAGUGUCCCGACAUCAUCAACGACGCGGAUUGGCUCGGUGACAUUCGUGUGCCUAACGACAGGCCUGUACUGAUCAUGGCUGAAGGGCUGGUCAUGUACCUGAAUCCCGAUCAGGUACUUGGUCUGUUCCGCAAGCUUCUACGGCAUUUCGAAGGCAACGGAAAGGGAGGACAGAUAUAUUUUGACUCGAUUGGAUUUGUGGGAUAUUAUUUCCUCAAAUACUUUCGCACGAAGCCUUUGAAGACGAUGGGUGCCAGUUUUGGCUUUCACAUGUCGAACGGACGAUGGCUGGAGCAGAAUAAUCCUGGGCUGCAUCAAAUCGAGAGACAAUCGCAGGCCGUGGCAUUGUUAGAAAGGGCAAACUACAUGUGGAUCAUCAAAGCAGCUGUGCAACUGAUUGAUGCCAUGCUUGGAGGGACGCUGAUAGGCGGCGUGUAUGGUUUCAAAUUUUGA